CCUCUACUACUGUAGAACCCUAUCAAACCCAGACAGUCGACUGUCCUACUGCCGUUGGCAGAUAAUGACCCACCCUUAGGGUUCAGACGAUAAGCAAAGCGGACGAGAACAGCAGGACCGAGCAGAUGUCAUCUCCCGCGAACAAAAUGGAGGAGAAGAAAAAGCCGAAGACAAGAAAGUUUGCAGAAACGAACUCCAGCAGUUGGAGCAAUGUCUUCUGGUUGUCUGCCUUCCUGCUUCUGGAGGCGGCGGCGCUGAUCUCAGUGGUGACGUGGCAGCAGCACGCGCUGGACGAGUUGACCACUCACAUCGACACGGAGACCCGCGUGUCCCGCGAGCUGGACCGCGCCUGCCAGAACUCCCAUGACAACUGGGACGGUGGACCACCUCACCAGAACGAGCAACACCGACAACCACCACCACCACCACUACAGCGAAGGAAGCGCCAAGAGUUGUCUGGAUUAUUCGCGGAGCUGUUGGAAGUUCAGAAGCAUGUUCUCAUAGACUUGUGUCAGAGAAGAACUGAUCUGUGUCAAAAAGGUCCCAAAGGCGAACAAGGCCAGAAAGGAGCAGAUGGAGACCCUGGAAUUGGAAUAAAGGGAGACACUGGUGUGAGAGGUCCGGCAGGUGACGCCGGUCUUCAAGGACCUCAAGGAGAACCUGGCAUUCCCGGCCAGCCAGGGCCACGGGGACCUAAAGGUGUUCUCGGACAACAGGGUCUACAGGGUUCAAAGGGCGUGAUUGGUGACAAAGGGGACAAAGGUGAUCCAGGACAUGUAGGUCUGGAUGGUGGUCAAGGACAGAGAGGAGCGAAAGGAGAUCGAGGUCCCACUGGACCUCAGGGUCUGCCUGGACUAUCAGGCGCUCAAGGACCUAAGGGAACUCAAGGUGCUGCCGGACCACAAGGGGGUCCUGGAGAGAGGGGCAGUUCCUGGCCAAAAAGGAAGCAUACUGGAGCACGACUGUCACUGUGGUGAUCUCGUCAGCAUAUUUGGAAAUUUCUCGGACACGAUGACCGUCGUUCCAUACCAGUCCUUGACCCUUCACUGCGAGGUCAGCGACUUGUCAACUAGCGUCAGUUGGCGAAAGUCGAAUGGACAGUUACCUGCCGGUGUUUUGGUUUCCGGAAACAACAUCAUCUUUACUUCUGUCUCUGCAGACAACGUUGGGGUGUAUCAGUGUGUGGCAAACACGUCGGUUGGGGUGGUGACGAAGGACGUGUCCAUCAAAGUCAGGGAGGCCUCCCGAAGAGACUGUGACUUCCAGUACGGCUUUUGCUUGUGGACAAACGUUCGGACCGACAAGUUUGACUGGACGAGGCAAGCAGGACCCACAUCGUCUCCAGGCACUGGGCCCACAGCUGACCACACACGAGGAGACCCAACGGGAUAUUAUGCGUACAUCGAAACUUCGGCGCCUCGGCUCAAUGGGGACUUUGCCCAAUUGGAGUCGGACACGUUGUCACCGGGACAGGACUACUGCCUCAACUUCUGGUACCACACAUUCGGAACAUCCAUUGGAAACAUCAAUGUUCAAAUUGAGAAAAAUGGCCGGUCAGGGCCUCCCAUCUUUAAGACCGCGAAGGUAAGCGAGGACAGUGGCAAGCAAAGGUUAACAUUCCAGCCCAAACCACUCCGUUCUCCCUCAUCAUCGAAGGAGUUCGUAAUGAUUCCUACACCAGUGACCUGGCCAUUGACGAUAUCGUUGUCUUGGAGUCGGCGUGUCCUUGACCUUUACCUGACAACCAGUGAGAAUACCCGUUUCCGGUUUACAGAGGACGUGUCUCCAUCCAGUAGAACCUCUACUCUUGCUUUCUUGUUCACGUGAUCUACAAAUAAAUUCGAUAGAUUGGGAAGAAA